AUGGCUUCUGGAACAGCAUUGGUUUAUGAUGAUGAAAUGACCAGCCAUAAGCUCCUUUGGGAUGAGUAAGUUCUCUGCCCUUUUAAAAUGUGUUUUUUUGGGGGGGGGUGCGCUAUUGAGUUGUUUUUAUUUUUAUUAUGUAUUUUGUGUUUUUAUAUCUUGAUUUUAUUCCGUGAACUGCCCUGAGACCCCUGAGCGGUAUAUAAAUUUAAUACUACUACUACUACUAAUAAGAAUAAGUUAAAUCUUAGUUUUUUUAAAAAAACAACUACAAAUGUGGCUUGAGAACAUGUGCAAUCCUGUUUUCUGCUAAACAACCCACAACUGCAGAUCAACAAGUGUACGCUCUUUCACACAAACACUUGUAUGAGUGUACUGACAACUUGUACCUGUGUUCAGUGCAACAUGUGAACAAGGCUAUUCUGAAGUUCUCCUUUUUGUUGUUGUUCUAGCCUAUGGAUGAUUUAAAAACAUUUUUUAAAAGUUAAUAAUCAUUCUUCAGGACUUCAGAUUCAGGGGUUAAAGUUGUGGUUUAAAGAGAAAAAAAAUGUCCACUUUUAAUUUCCUCUGCCCCCAAAAAUUGUUUUCUCUCAAUAGUAAUAUGGAUGCUUCCUUGGUGAUUUUACUGCAAAAAUAAAACGUUUGCUUCUUUUUCAGCCCAGUCUGUGACAUUGAAGUCCCCGAGCGGCUUUCUUCCUGCUAUGAGCGCCUUAAAUGCUAUAACCUGGUUGAAAGAUGCGUCUCUGUACCUGUCAGAGAAGGAACUGAGGAAGAGGUCAUGUUGGUUCACAGGUCCGACGUCUGUCAUGAUGCGUUUCCAUCGCCAUGUUCGAGAAAUAGAAAAGGCAUUUGCCCCUUGAUAUUUUCCUCAAACUUUCCUCACACAAUUUGUUCUUAUAAUGAAAUAGCCUAACCCUAAGACCUGUAUGUAAAAUGGGAAAUGAAAUCCCGGCCUUUUGCAAAAAGUCAAUGAGGCCUAGGUUGAAAGACAGGAAAUACUUCAUACUGUUCAGGUUGAUAGGAAAGAUAUUGGAAGUAGCUGAAGCUCAAUACAAGUUAGUCUAAAUCCGAACUUGAAAUUCUUUAAUUGGAGAUGUAAUACUCCUUUUCCCCUUAACCAUGGUUAAGAGGGCAAGCUGUGACCCUACUUGCUUCUUGCCUUCCUUUCCGCUCAUGGCUCCCCCCCAUUUUUUGGACCUAAUCAUGGUGAAGCAUUGUGUCUCUGCUGACUAACUAUACUUAGUCAAAAAUGAGAGUUUGAAAACUCAUUUCUAACCGUGGUGGCAAAGGCUACUUAAAGCGAACCAGGAAUAGCCCUAGCAUUGGUGUAGGCAUAACAGUGCACCAUGGUUAGCUCAAAAAAGGGAAAGGAGGGGUGAAGAGAAAGUGGGGUGAGUAUUUAUUUAUGUAUAAAAGGUAAAGGGACCCCUGACCAUUAGGUCCAGUUGUGACCGACUGGGGUUGCGGCGCUCAUCUUGUUUUAUUGGCCGAGGGAGCCGGCGUACAGCCUCUGGGUCAUGUGGCCAGCAUGACUAAGCUGCUUCUGGCAAACCAGAGCAGCGCACAGAAACGCCGUUUACCUUCCCGCUGGAUAACCUAUUUAUCUACUUGCACUUUGACCUGCUUUCAAACUGCUAGGUUGGCAGGAGCAAGGACUGAGCAACGGGAGCUCACCCCGUUGCGGGGAUUUGAACCGCCAACCUUCUGAUCAGCAAGUCCUAGGCUCUGUGGUUUAACCCACAGCACCACCUGCAUCCCGUAUUUAUGUAUAUAUGUAUUAAAUUUAUAUAUCCUGCACUUCCGGCCAAGCAAUUCCAAACCUGAAUACAAGUUUGUGGCCUGUUCCAAUCUCUUAGGCCCCAUUUGCCUAAAAGAAAAGGUAGAAUUGUUUGUCCUUCUAGGUUAGGCAUGGAAAACCUGUGGCCCUCCAGCUGUUGCUACACUCCAGUUCCCAUCAGUGCCAGCCAGCUUGGUCAGUGGUUAUGGCUGAUGGGAGUUGUAGUCCAACAACGCCUGGAAGGCUGCAAGUUCGCCGCCUUAAAGAUCUGAGGCAUUUUUUCUUCCCCAGCUCGGAUUAUUUGGAAACUGUGAAGAGAGCUCCGAAAAUGACAGAAGAGGAGCUCCGAAAAACCUCGGCUGGUUACGAUGCUGUUUUCUUUCACCCGGUAUGUGCUGACACAAUAAUGAUCACUUUCUAUAUAGAACAGGGUUUCCCAAACUUGGGUCUUCAUAUAUAUAUAUAUAUAUAUAUAUAUAUAUAUAUAUACACACAUAUAAAAUUUUAUUAGUUUUUUUAACAUAUCAUUUUCAACAGUAAUUAAACAUACUUUUACAUCUUAUUCAAAUUUUUGACUUCCAUCAAUCCUGUCUGAAAAUUUUCCAAUCUAAUCUCUCAGUAUGCAUUUCUUAUCUUCCCUAUUACAUUUUAAACUCAUAACCAAUAUCUCUUAUCUUUUUCUACUUUGUAACACUUUGUAUAUUUCUCCUUACAAAACUUCUUGCAGUCCUACUAGCGUAAUUUUUGAUUACAGUUGCUCUUCAAAUAAUUCAUAUACUUCUUCCAAUCUUCUGUAAAUCUGUGGUCCCACAGGUUUCAAAUCCUUCCUGUCAUUUUGUCCAAUUCUGCAUAGUCCAUUAAUUUCGUCUGCCAUUUUUCCUUCAUUGGAAUUUCUUCUUGUUUCCAUUUCUGGGCUAACAAUACUCUUGCCGCAGUUGUUGCAUAUAAAAACAAUUUAAUAUCUUGCCUAUUAAUGGGAGUUGUAGUCCAAAAACAGCUGGAGACCCAAGUUUGGGAAACUCUGAUAUAGAACAUUUCACAUGGGUAAAUCUCCGUGUGCGUCACUCUGCUGGGCCUCAUGUCAAGAGAGAGAGAAGGGAGGGAACAUACUAGGCUUACUUUGACGAGCUGAAAUAUGCUCCAAAAUGCUCCUUCUCAGAGGUUGUGGUGAAAGACUUGAAUUGCAACAUCUGCUGUUCUUCAGACCACGUAUCGCUGUGCCAAAUUGGCUGUGGGAGGAACUCUGGACAUGGUGGAUGCUGUGAUGUCAGGGAAAACACGGAAUGGGAUGGCUCUGAUAAGGUAACAAUGUGAUAAUUCUUCUUAUUGGAAAUCCCGUGUGUUUUCCAGUCCCAUUUGCCAAUGGGACCAGUAACCUAGAGCAGGGAUGGGGAGCUUUUCCCCAUUGUGGGCUGUGCUUCCUCAGAAGCUUAUCUGUUGAUACGGCAUGUUGGUGGCGGGCCAAGGCAGGAAGAAGUGGUAGGUGGGUCCACAGUCAAAAAGGAGCAGGGCACCCUCUUUUUCUCCUCCUUCCUGCCACCCACUUUCUCCCCAGGUUUUCUUCUUCCUCAUCAUCAGCAUGAAAUUAGGCCUAGAGGGCUGGUCCCUUGGUAGAGGUCUUCAAGCAAGGGCUGGACAGUCAUCCACUGAGGAUGUUCUAGCUCUAGAUUAAUAAUAAUAAUAAUAAUAAUAAUAAUAAUAAUAAUAAUAAUAUAUUAUUAUUUAUACCUGGUCCAUCUGGCUGGGUUUCCCCAGCCACUCUGGGCGGUUUCUAAUCAAAUAUUAAAAAUACAAUACAGCAUUAAACAUUAAAAACUUCCCUAAACAGGACUGACUUCAGGUGUCUUCUAAAAGUCAGAUAGUUGUUUAUUUCCUUGACAUCUGAUGGGAGGGUGUUCCACAAGGUGAGCACCACUACCGAGAAGGCCCUCUAUCUGGUUCCCUGUAACCUCACUUCUCUUAGGGAGGGAACCACCAGAAGGCCCUCGGAGCUGGACCUCAGUGUCUGGGCUGAACGAUAGGGGUGGAGACGCUCCUUCAGGUAUACUGGGCCAAGGCCUUUUAGGGCUUUAAAGGUCAGCACCAACACUUUGAAUUGUGCUUGGAAAUAUACUGAGAGCCAAUGUAGGUCUUUCAGGACCGGUGUUAUGUGGUCUCAGUGGCCACUCCCAGUCGCCAGCCUAGCUGCUGCAUUCUGGAUUAGUUGCAGUUUCUGGGUCACCUUCAAAGGUAGCCCCACGUAGAGCGCAUUGCAGUAGUCCAAGCGGGAGAUAACCAGAGCAUGCACCACUCUGGCGAGACAGUCUGCGGACAGAUAGUGUCUCAGCCUGCGUACCAGAUGGAGUUGGUAGACAGCUGUCCUGGACACAGAAUUAACCUGCACCUCCAUGGACAGCUGUGAGUCCAAAAUGACUCCCAGGCUGCGCACCUGGUCCUUCAGGGGCACAGUUACCCCAUUCAGGACCAGGGAAUCCUCCACACCUGCCCUUUCCCUGUCCCCCCAAAACAGUACUUCUAUCUUGUCAGGAUUCAACCUCAAUGGCCAUCCACUGAGGGUGUUCUAGCUCUGGAUUUCCUAGGUUGACCAGAGGAUUAGGUGACCUAUGGGCCCCACUUCCAAAUCUAGGUUCCUGUGGUUCUAUUAAUUAAUGCUUAAUUUACUGCUUUGCUUGCUUGCAGGCCUCCAGGCCACCACAGCCAGAGAAAUGCAGCCAAUGGGUUUUGUAUAUUCAACAAUGUUGCUAUAGCAGCAAAAUAUGCCCAAAGGAAAUAUGGUCUCCGGAGGUUAAGUAUAUAUUGGUCUCUACAUUUAUUAGUUUCUGGCCUAGAGUUUUCUAGCUUCUCUAGUGAAUAUUGUCAUUGUUGGUUCAUGCAGAGUUCUGAUUGUUGACUGGGACGUGCAUCACGGACAAGGAAUUCAAUAUAUAUUUAAUGAAGAUCCAAGGUUUGUUGUUUACUUGUUUUUACAGAUUUGGAGCAACAUUGUAUAUGCCUUUCAAAAUGCUUGCAAUUAGUCUGGAAGUGGGUAUCAAGCAUAUUUAAUAGAACAUGUCAGUUCCUGACAUAUUUUGGCACUUUUUGAUCUGCUUAAAAAAAGGUAAAGGCACCCCUGCCCGUACGGGCCAGUCUUGACAGACUCUAGGGUUGUGCGCUCAUCUCACUCUAGAGGCUGGGAGCCAGUGCUGUCCGCAGACACUUCCGAGUCACGUGGUCAGCGUGACAAGCUGCAUCUGGCGAGCCAGCGCAGCACACGGAACGCCGUUUUGAUCUCCUUAAGAUGCAUAUUUCAUUAAAACUGAUCAUUGUAAAAUCUACACACACACACACAAACACACACUUAGAAUGAAGUUCAGUUGUAACAUAACUGUUUUAUCAUUAUGUGUCUUGCAUCAUGUUCUAUAUUUUUUAUUAUUCAUGCUCAUCUUCAUUCUUCCAGUUUAUCCUGUAAUUCUUCUGGGGAUAGCUCCAUUGAGAGUAUAAAAAAAACCACAACAGGCCUUUUCCAGGUUUGCCUGUGUUUAGGACAAUGGCUUCAAAACCCAAUUUAUCUGUUAGCUUUCUGGGUGAACUUGGAAAUCCAAAGUUGAGAGAGAGUGGUUUGUCUGUUUGCUGUAAUAAUAAUGGUUUGGCUUCCCAUGUCAUCUGAAUCCAGAUUUGCGGUUUAGGUAUCCUGGACAAACCAAGAACUGUAUAAAGGUAAAGGGACCCCUGACCAUUAGGUCCAAUCGUGACCGACUCUGGGAUUGCAAUGCUCAUCUCGCUUUAUUGGCUGAGGGAGCCAGCGUACAGCUUCUGGGUCAUAUGGCCAGCAUGACUAAGUCGCUUCUGGCAAACCAGAGCAGCGCACGGAAAGGCCGUUUACCUUCCUGCUGGAGCGGUACCUAUUUAUCUACUUGCACUUUGACGUGCUUUCGAACUGCUAGGUUGGCAGGAGCAGGGACCGAGCAACAGAAGCUCACCCCGUUGCGGGGAUUCGAACCGCCAACCUUCUGAUCGGCAAGCCCUAGACUCUGUGGUUUAACCCACAGCACCACCCACGUCCCUUAUGAACUGUAUACCACAGGACAAAUGCUGGUUACAGCUCAUUUCUAGUCAGGAGAGAGAGCUAAGCGAUGAGCCCAGGUUUGGAUGACAUGUCAGGCAGCAGAAUGACUAGAAUAGGGGCAAAAUGCUCACUAUCUCCUCUCCUGUAAAUCACAUAUUCCUGCCAAGCCAUGCUUUGGCUUAGUGGACAUGUGGACCAGGCCAAUGUGUAAUGUUGUCAUGUUUCAUGUUCACUCUUGAGGUACAAAUUUGGUGUUUGCACAUGCUGAAAAAAACUUUCAGGUGAGCAUUAAUGGCAUAAUUAACCUUGUUUUGUUCUUGCUUCCAGUGUCCUCUAUUUUUCCUGGCAUCGGUAUGAACACCAGCAGUAUUGGCCUACGCUUAGAGAGUCUGAUUAUGAUUCAGUUGGUCAGGGGAAAGGAAAAGGAUUCAAUAUAAAUGUGCCUUGGAAUAAGGUAAAUCACAAGAUAGCUUAAGAAUGCAACUGUGAUAAGCUCUUGAAGUCAUGUACCUGGUACAAUUUCUGUUUAAAAAUGUUUUUCAAUUGUUACCUUGAUUAUUUAUGUUUUUAAAAAUGUUUUAGACUGCAAUAGUAAGGUAUCAAGAGAAGUGUGAAAUGGGUAGAACCCAGUUUGUUAAAAAUUAGUUGAAGCUGAAGGUUGUGGAAUUGGUGAUAAGAGUUUGUAAUGAUUAUAUGAAUAACAGAUUAGAAAAGGGGAUUUAUAAACUGAUAUGUAACAUAGCAAAGUUCAUACAGAUAACUGCAUCUGCAUGAUACUGUUUCACAGAUAAUCUUUCUGUGUUGCAUGUGUUCUGAUAACUUUUUAACAAACAAAUAAGGAGAAGAUUCAUUUCCCAUGUACACAUCCCUUGGUUAGCGGUAAUCUCUAAUUAGCAGAGAAAAGCAUUUCCCAGGUAUGCUAAUUGAUUUUGUACUGACAUGGCUUCCGUCGUAAUGGUAACAAACACAGCCAAACCCUGUAACUGAAUUUCACAUCUGUAUUCUAUUUACAUGUUGUCAGUUGUGACUCAAUCCAGCAUUAAACAGGCGCGUAAGAUUCUUCCCACUCAGCGUACAAUUUUAGGAAUUGAUCCUUCUGAUAAUGGCAGGAGCCACAGCUCUGCCUCAUUCUUUGAAGCCUUGGAUCAGUUCCCUGAGAUCUUAAUGAAAUCUUAGACUGCCUUGACAGUUUUAAAAGCGAUUUGUUCAUUCUGUUUUAAUCCAUUGCCUUUGCAGAUUGGAAUGGGCAAUGCAGAUUAUGUAGCCGUAUUUCUUCACGUGUUGCUUCCAUUGGCUUUUGAGGUAACUUUCCUCCCCCAUUCUGAAUGUUGUAAAUCUCGUUUGCAUGAAUUAGAAAUUGUAUCUAAAAGCCAUUUCAACAUAUUCCUUGGUAGUGGCAUCUUGAGAAAUGAUCUUCUGCUAUAGGGAAAUAGUGAUUGCCGUAUUUUUCCGUCUAUAAGACUCCCCCGUGUAUAAGACGCCCCCUAUUUUUGGAGACCCAGAUUUAAGAAAAUGGGGGGAGAUGUAUCCGUUUAUGAGAUGCCCCCUAAUUUUUGACAUUAUUUUUUAGGGAAAAAACCCCUAGUCUUAUACAUGGAAAAAUACUGUAUUUUGUUGCUUCUAGAAAAAUGGUCCGCAGGGGUGAAGGCAGUUAUCAGAUAGAACUGCAUUGACUAGGGAGUGAUUAAAGAAAUAUACAGCUAUUUUUAGCAAGCACAGAGGAAAGUAAAUAGAAGCCUUGAAAUGGUGAUGGUUUUAGAGGAGCUUAGAGCAAGGGUUGCCAGCAAGGGUUGCCAACCUGGUACCCGUGGGCACCGUGAUGCCCGCGAAGGCUUUCACCAGUGCCCCUGGACAGAUGCCCUGGACUCUGAGCUUUCAUUUUUAAAAAAAGUCCCCAGCCCUCCUAGAAAAAAAAUUAUGAGGUAAAACGUGCAGGUAUCUUCUAAGCGAUUUCUGUGAAAUGAGGGUGGUUGUGUGGUGGCCAUCUUGUAUUUUCACCCUGGUACUGAGGAAUGCUCCCUGUUUGAUAACAACAGCACCUCUGUGUAUGUGGAGAUCACGCAGUAUUGAUUUUACACAAUCAGGACCGACCUGACAUAUCUGAUUUCCAAUUGGUAAGCGUAAGGGAGGGUCGGCCUCUCUCAUUUUGGGCUAUGCCACACUCCACGUGGCAGCCAUUUUGUUUUAUGCUGUACCCUACCCCAGCAGCUGGCACCCCACAGCACACUCUCAAAAUGCCAAAUGUGCCUACUGGCCUGAAAAGGUUGGCGACCCGUCUUAGAGUACAAUGAGCGUUCUGUUAGUGGAGAUGCCAUUUGUAUGUGGUAGAGUAAAUGCUUUGCAUGCUUAAAGGUCUAGAUUCAGUCCCUAGGGUCUCCAGAUGCUACAAGUCCAAUCGGAGCAAACUUCUUCAACCUGGUAAAGGUAAAGAGACCCCUGACCAUUAGGUCCAGUUGUGGCCGAUUCUGGGGUUGUGGCGCACAUCUUGCUUUAUUGGCCAAGGGAGCCGGCGUACAACUUCCAGGUCAUGUGGCCACCAUGACUAAGGGAAAUAGUGAUUGCCGUAUUUUUCCAUCUGUAAAAUGCCCCCAUGUAUAAGACACCCCCUAUUUUUGGAGACUCAGAUUUAAUAAUAUGAGGGAGUGUAUCCGUGUAUACACGGAUGGCGAACCAGAGCAGCGCACGGAAAUGCCAUUUACCUUCCCGCUGGAGUGGUACCUAUUUAUCUACUUGCACUUUGACGUGCUUUUGAACUGCUAGGUUGGCAGAAGCAGGGACCGAGCAACAGGAGCUCACCCCGUUGCAGGGAUUCAAACCACCGACCUUCUGAUCGGCAAGUCCUAGGCUCUGUGGUUUAACCCACAGCACCACCCGCGUCCCUACUCUUCAACCUGGUACCACUCUCCAAAUGUUCCUGGGCUACAGCUCUCUUCAUCUCUGACCUUUGGCUAUGCUAGCUACAGAAAAUGGGAGUUUUAGUUCAAAAAGUCUGGAGGGCACCAGGUUGGGGAAGAGCGGGUGAGAUGGACAACCGUCUAACUUGGUGUAAGGCAGGUUUAUGUGUACCGUUUAUAGAGAAUGAGAAAGCAGUAUUUGCAGUCCAUUUAAGUAGACCAUCAAUACCCACAUGCCAAUGUAUCUGUUUGAAUUGAUGAAUUACUGGCAGAUUUCUAUAACUUCAUUCAGAGUGCACUAUAAUGUAUUCACAGUUUUGUUUUGUUUUGUUUUGUUUUAAAAAAUCUUAGUUUGAUCCAGAACUUGUUUUGGUCUCUGCUGGUUACGAUUCCGGAAUUGGUGACCCAGAGGUAAGUAAUCUUCUACAUAUAUAUUUGCCACCUCCCUGACUUUAGAGUUAAAAUUUCUUUUCAUAUAAGAGUGAGAACAGGCAAAUUUCCCAGAAGUGGUUUUCUGGUUUCAUGAGCUGCUUGUAUCUUUCUUUCUCAUUUUCUAGGGUCAGAUGAGCGCUACGCCGGAAUGUUUUGCCCAUCUCACUCAUCUCCUAAUGCAGUUGGCGAAAGGAAAAUUGUGUGUGGUUCUGGAGGUAAACUUUAAAUGCUGCACGCUUUUUUUGUGAUUUGUUUAAAGCACUUACUUGCCACUCUGUACCAAGAACAAACAAACCAUAGCCAAAGUGUUGUACAAAAGUAAUAAAACACAUUAGGAAACAAUAAUAAACCAAGAUACUGGAAUUUAUAAUUAAUUAAUUAAUUAAUUAAUUAAUUAAUUAUACUGCCCUUCAUCCAAAGAUCACAGGGUGGUUCACAUCAUAAAAAGACAAAAUGAAAAGACAAAAUACAUAAUUAAACCAAACCAAACCAAACCAAACCAAUAACCCCCUCUCACAGACACAUUUAAAAGAUUAUAGACUGUUAAUCAGCCAAACACCUGAUUGAAGAAAAAUCAUUUUGCCUGGUGCCUAAAAAUGUGUAAUGAAGGAGCCAGGAAUAUGCCCAAUCGAAACUACUCGACUAUCUAGAAUUGGCAAAAAUGACACAGAAAAUAAGAAAUCAAAAAGACACAAAGUUUAAUAAAGAUUGGAAUAAAUUCAUGGCAUACAUGGAAACAGAGGUAAAAAAAACUCAAAAACACAGUACGGGCGAUAGAACACUGGUGAUGUAAAGAAUUUUUUUGAGGAAAAGAAACUGCAGAUAGAAAAUUUUAUAACACAUUCCGAAACCGAGAUGAAGGGAAGUCAGUCAGUGUUGUGUGUUAAGUAGUUAAUGUAGUUAAUUUGUUGUUGUCUUAUGUCAGGAGUAUGUAUAUGUAUGUAUAUGUUUUUUUUUUGGUGUGAACGUGUUGUGUUUGUCUUUUUUGUUUGUAUGGUAUUAUAAAAUAAAAUUUAUAUUAAAAAAAAAAAAAAGGAAUAUGCCCAAUUAAAAUUAACAGUCAAGAAACUCCUGGGUGAUCAAGUUUGUUUUUUAACAUACUUUGAAAAGAAUGGAGUCUGUGGAUACGUCCUUCUGAGGGGAGGCUGUUUCUGCAUUUUGGCUGUGCCCAUAUUGGCCGUGAGUCCUGGAAGACCUGCUCCCUGCCUUGCUGGCUUUUCCCCACCUGGAACUCAGCUAUACAGCUGCAAAUGAAAUGUUUCAAGUGUGUUGUAAAGUGCAAUGUGAAAAUGUGACACGAGAUGGUGAUGGCGAGCUAUGGCAAAUUCAGUAUAUAUUUUCAAAUGUAUUUUAGGGCGGAUAUCAUCUGAGGUCGCUGUCUGAAUCAGUUUGUAUGACUCUAAAAACUUUGCUUGGAGAUCCAUUGCCACGUUUGUCCGGAGAAAUGGCGCCAUGCUUAAGGUAUUUGUAUAGGUUUGUGCGCAUGUGUCUGCAUGUCUGGAAUAAAAGAUUGCUGCUCCCCUCAGGAGUUACUCACAUGACGGGGGCAAGCGAAAAGGGCUGUGGGAAUCACAUGUGGGGUGGGGUGGCUGAACAUGGAGUCAUCCAUGCUCCUUUUGCAUGAGCAGUGCUUGAAAAGAACUCCAGUGUAAACAUUAUCUCCAUAUGUGAGCAGAAUUCAGCCAAACGGGGAGCACAUUUUAAGUCCUGUUCAUUUAACUGAGGAAGUUUUAAUUCCCUGCUCAAUCAUUCCCUGUUGUAAUAAGCAAGUCUUGUAUCCCAUCUUCAUGCAUGAGGUUGCUGUUUUUGGAAGACAUUGGUAGUAUAUUUGGAAGUAUGUACAGUUUAUUUGGGACGCGGGUGGCGCUGUGGGUUAAACCACAGAGCCUAGGACUUGCCGAUCAGAAGGUCAGCGGUUCGAAUCCCCGCAACGGGGUGAGCUCCCGUUGCUCGGUCCCAGCUCCUGCCAACCUAGCAGUUCGAAAGCACGUCAAAGUGCAAGUAGAUAAAUAGGUACCGCUCCAGUGGGAAGGUAAACGGCGUUUCCGUGCGCUGCUCUGGUUCUCCAGAAGUGGCUUAGUCAUGCUGGCCACUUGACCCGGAAGCUGUACACCAGCUCCCAAAGCCAAUAAAGCAAGAUGAGCGCCGCAACCCCAGAGUCAGCCUGACUGGACCUAAUGGUCAGGGGUCCCUUUACCUUUACUAUUUAUUUAAUGAAGAAGUUAAACUUAAUGAGACUUUUAAAAGUGAAACCUCAUUGUCAACAAUGGAAAACUAGCAAACCUACAGAGGAGAGGUUGGUUGCUGAGCUCAGUGUAUAGUCACUGUGUUGGAAUUUGGGCUGAGCUCCAUGCACCAUAAUAAAACACUUGCAUGGCAAGGAAGGACAUGCCUGUCAUCCUUUAACACAUGAUGUAAAAAUGUGUUGAUUACCGACUGACUUGCAUAGUUUCUUUUUGUUUGUUUGCUAGUCCAUGGUCAGGAUUCCCCCAGCUCUGUACAACGGAGAGCUUUGCAAUAUAAACCACAGACCUUCAUGUAAAGAGCAAAAUGCCUCUCCCCCUUUGCAUUCCUCAUCCUGGCACAAUUCUGCUCCUACUUCCAUCUAUGCUUUCCCCCAUUUGCCGGUUUUUCUUGUCUUCAUUCUGCAACUCUGCAUGUUGGAAAGAGAGCCAACAAUUUGGGUUUUAUCCUUGCUAUGAUUUUGACAUACACAGCUUAUUCUGAGUGGAGCAAAUGUCACAUAUUUUUGUUGUGAGAGCCAGUGUGGUGUAGUGGUUAAGAGCGGUAGUCUUGUAAUCUGGGGAACCGGGUUCGCGUCUCCGCUCCUCCACAUGCAGCUGCUGGGUGACCUUGGGCCAGUCACACUUCUUUGAAGUCUCUCAGCCCCACUCACCUCACAGAGUGUUUGUUGUGUGGGAGGAAGGGGAAGGAGGAUGUUAGCCGCUUUGAGACUCCUGAAAGGGAGUGAAAGGCGAGAUAUCAGAUCCAAACUCUUCUUCUUCUUCUUCUUCUUCUUCUUCUUCUUCUUCUUCUUCUUCUUGUUAGCAUGGAUCGAACAAUUGUGCCCAUAAUUACACUAUGGGGAAGUUUUGUUUGUGUGGUGUUCAUCUCUUGCCUUUUCCUGGCCACACCUGUUUUCAUGUUUCCUUUACUAGCUGGAACUCAUAAUCAACCUAGUUUGUAAUCUUUUCCAAGGUGGUUGGAUUCCAUUAAUGCUCCAUCAAGGGAAGAUGGGAGGCAUACACCCACUCAGGACUCCACAUUAGAUAUUGAUUUAUUAUUAUUAUACCCUGCCCAUCUGGCUGGGUUUCCCCAGCCACCUUCGGCAGCUCCCAACAGACUAUUAAAAACACGAUAAAACAUCAAACAUUAAAAACUUUCCUAAACUGGGCUGCCUUCAGAUGUCUUCUAAAAGUCAGUUGUUUAUUUCCUUGACAUCUGAUGGGAGGGUGUUCCACAGGGCAGGCGCCACUACCAAGAAGGCCCUCUACCUGAUUCCCCUGUAACCUCACUUCUCAGAGUGAGGGAACUGUCAGAAGGCCCUUGGAACUGGACCUGAAUGUCCAGGCAGAACGAUGGGGGUGGAGACGCUCCUUCAGGUAUACUGGGCUCCACUUCACUGACUGGAGCUUCUAGGCCCUUUAGUUAAUGUAAUAAAGCAUGUCAUUUUAGGGGUUGAACUUAAUUUUUGCAAAUUUCUUCAGGGAAUGGUCUUAAAAAUAUGCUUCUUGGUGUGAGGAAUUCAAAUCUGCUAUUAUUUUUGUGAUUGGACAACAUUUAGCUUGGUCAGUUUGAGGAAGAAGCACAUACAGUCUAUUGCAGGCAUAGGCAAACUCGGCCCUCCAGAUGUUUUGAGACUACAAUUCCCAUCAUCCCUGAGCACUGGUCCUGUUAGGUAGGGAUGAUAGGAGUUGUAGUCCUAAAACAUCUGGAGGGACAAGUUUGCCUAUGCCUGGUCUAUUGAAUACUAAUAUAGUUGAAGGACCAGACGCUGCUAUGCCAAAAAUAUAUUUUUUAGUCCUUAGCAUGCCACAAAACCUGUGAUAUUUUUACAUUUGUUUUCUGUCCUGUGUCAUUGCAACUUGCUAAUGCAACAACUUUACAGAUUCUUACUUUUAAACAAUAUAGGGACUGGGUUGAUACUCAUUUGUGUGUGUAUUUUGUAGAUAACCUUUCCUACACUCUUUUGUCUCUUCUGUAGUGCAUUAGAAUCAAUCCACAAUGUAAGAGCUGUACACAAACCAUACUGGAAGUGCUUGAUGCAUGAAGGUAAUGGCACACUUGUCUAAAAUUUGUUCUAAAGUGCAGAUAAAUCGAUAAAACAAAUGCGGUGAAUGUAUUAAAGCAACACAUAUUUUCAGGUUCAGAUAAUCCUCCAGUUAGACCUCCCGUUCAACUAAGUUUUCUAGUCUGUCAGUUUAGGGGGAACUUUGGCUAGACCUUGAUAUAGCUGGAUGGGGAUUCUGUGUAAGUGGGGGAAUAUAACUGAUUGAAUGAACAUGGAUAAUUUUUAGUCUGUUCCCCCCCCCUAACUUUCCAACCCAGCACUCAAAUGAAAUGAUGGCAAGUUUACACUGGAUAGUCUAAUGAGGGGGGUGUUUGGCCAGUAUACUUGGGUUGAAGUCAUUGGGGCUAAACAUGUUUAAGUUUAAGGGAAACAAUUCAUCUGGCUUGUAGAGCAUAGCACGUGGUUCCAGGUUUUCCCUCCUGAAUGGUUAAAUAUUAUAUGGUGUUUACAAAAGGUAAGGCUAGAGCAGGAUUCUGAAUAAAAUGUAUGUAACUUUUAACAUUGCCUUCCUAGAAACCUGCUCUGUUGAUUUCUGCUGAGCCGUUCCAUCUAUUUAGAGUCAUACACACAGUAUGAUCUGUGGCAAAGGUGGCGUUUUCCAGAUGUUGUUGGACUCCAAUUCCCAUCAGCCCCAGCAAGUGUGGCCAAUGAUCUGGGAGGAUAUGAGUUCAGCAACACCUGGAAAGUACCACCUUGGCUAUCCCUCAUUUGUGGGCAGAAUUUCAGAACCUUGUUCAUUCCUGAAGACCUCUGGAAGUCCUGGAGAAGAUGGAAACGUAUGCAGUGUUAACAGCACAGAUCAGUAGUUCUCAGCCUGUGGGUCCCCAGAUGUUGUUGGACUACAGCUCCCAUCAUCCCUGACCACUGGUCAUGCUGGCUAGGAAUGAUGGGAGUUGUAGUCCAACAACAUCUGGAGACCCACAGGUUGAGAAACACUGGCAUAGAUUGUCUUCUGUUAAGAGUUAAGCUUUUCAUUGUGUGUUCAUGUCUUCUGUUGUUUUCAGAUAUAGCUCCAUUGCAAGACCUCAGUACCAGGGCACAACUCCUACACCCACUAGAAGCUGGAAGACCGAAUAGUGAAGAGACCAUCAGAACAGACAAGUUUCUGGAGCUCCACAUGAAAAAUAUUUCAUUUCCAAGACCUCACGUUAAAACAACCGUCGCCGUUGAUGAAAGCAAUGCACGCUUGCUUUCGCCGUCUGUUCAAAUUGAGAAGGGAAAGGAUACGAAAGAACUCAAGGCCCUUCUCAGGUUAGCCAUACUGUUGCCAGGUCAGGAAUAGAGUGUGUUUAUGAGAGAUUGCAGCCUGUUAACGCAAAUUCCAAAGCAAUUUUUUUUCCUACACUUGGAAUAUUUCUAAUCCUUUUUUUGGGCGUCACCUGCAGCUAACUUCAUUAUCAGUUUCUCUGAUAUUGGCAUGCAGUGUGUCAAACCAGUUAAUACUGAGUUAGGAGAACAGGAACAAUGUACAAUUAUAGACCAUGCACUAACAAAAUGAUUGGCUUUCUCCCAUUUACCCUCAUGUCUCUCUGCCUUCAUUUUCUGUUUUUGCAAAAUGCGCCAAAUGAUGCUAAUGCUUAGUAAAAGACGGCUCCUCGUUGAAGAACAACAGCAUAACCUUUGCUGGUUAAUUAUACGCCAGGAGUCAGCAGACUUUUUCAGCGGGGGCUUGUCCGCUGUCCCUCAGACCUUGUGGGGGGCCGGACUAGAUUUGGGGGGAGGGGGAAAUGAACAAAUUCCUAUGCCCCACAAAUAACCCAGAGAUACAUUUUAAAUAAAAAGACACAUUCUACUCAUGUAAAAACACGCUGACCAUCUGCGGACUGGAUUUAGAAGGCGAUUGGGCCAGAUCUGGCCCCCGGGCCUUAGUUUGCCUACCCAUGUUAUACACCUUGAUACACGUUUAAAAACUUCACAUGUUAUUCAGAUUGUACAGUUAUUCCAUCUUUCCCAGAUUGUGACCUCUUUCAAAAAACACGUCUUUUGCAGCGGACUUGAUGCUGAUCUUGUGAAAGAAGGAAAGGACUUAAACUCAUUUUUGAACAUGUUGGCUGUCCUUGACAAAAUCAUUAAAAAGGAGGUAAUAUCAAAAGUUACAAUUGUGCAUGUUGUAGCUCCUGAUUCUUCUUUAGUCUGGGAGUGGUUGCUAUCCAGGCUCUGCUUAAAAGUUUCUAGAGGCCGAUGUGUUCCUUAGGUAUUAUGUCUAUUAACCUGUGUUACUUUUACAUGUAUAUGUAGCUUAUGCAUACAAGUCUGAAUCUUGGUAUUACGUAUAUGUUUCAAAACACCUUGGGUGAUAGCUAACAUUACUCAGACUCAGACUUAGGUGGGUAUCACCCCUCGCUAUGAUAUAAAGAUUACAACAUCUGCAUUGUUAAAGACAUUCCCCAUUAAAUUUCAGCAUCCUGCUUAUUAGGGGACAAUAGCUACAUUUGUUUUCUAGCUUCUUGCUUAUUUUGAUCAUUGGGGGAAAUCCAGAGAAAAUUGGGUUCACGACUACCAAUUCAGUUAGUAAUGGUGACAGGGGUGCCAAUUUGAAUAAAAUAUUGGGAGGCCCAGGUAAGCCCGUCUUGCGUAAUUGAUCACAAAACAUGGCGCACACAUGCCAUUUGAAUGGCAAUGCCCAUCAACUUUGGAGGAGCCGGGCCCCCUCAAAUAUUUUAUGGGGGGUGGGGUGAAGGGGCCUCUGUCCCUAGGAGUUGGCUCCUACGAAUGGUGAACGUGGUCUCAUUUACUUUGCAGCACAAAGAUAUACUCAACAGACUGUUUUAAGGGGAACCUUUUUAUUAGUUGUGCUUUUAAACACAUCUUGAUUGCGUUUCAGAAUAGAAAUAAAAGUACAGUGGUACCUCGGGUUACAUACGCUUCAGGUUACAUACGCUUCAGGUUACAGACUCCGCUAACCCAGAAAUAGGGCUUCAGGUUAAGAACUUUGCUUCAGGAUGAGAACAGAAAUCAUGCUCCUACGGCGCAGCAGCAGGAGGCCCCAUUAGCUAAAGUGGUGCUUCAGGUUAAGAAUAGUUUCAGGUUAAGGACAGACCUCCGGAACGAAUUAAGUACUUAACCUGAGGUACCACUGUAUCCUUGUUCUUUAGGUGACCAACGGUCUCGCAGUCUCAUCUGAAGUAUCCCUUUCUUCCGCCAUCGCUCUAAAACAUUGCCGUAACCUGAAGGUACAAAAGUGAGUAAAAAGCCUUUUGCAUCCUGUGCUUUUCUGUGCAGUUCAGUUACAAAACGUUUAAGACGCUUUGGUUAUAUAAAUGCUUAGUGCUACCUUUUGUUAAUGAGUGCAGCAAUGCUACAGAGCAAUAAUGUCUACCUUUUUUCGGGACUGGGAUAAUUCCUGACAGUUAGGAAAACAAAUCUUAAUAUAUUUUGUGUGCAUAUUUUCAGUUUAUUUGUGUAAUUGGGUAGAAGGACCCAGGAUUAGAUGUGACGAAAAACACAUAUUUGCUCCUGCACAGGGAGUGAAGAGACACUUGUUACGUUGCUCUGGUGCAAAUAUGUUUGUAGCUUCUCACAUGCAGGUGCACUAUUCUGAGUGACACUCCAUGUAUGCAGAUAUUUUUAGUUCCAGAUUCUGCAAUCCUAAAAUGGUUCUUUUGUAAACUAGAGAGCUUGGACACAUGCUUGUAGAAUACAAGGCACAAUUUUUUUCUUUCUCCCUUUUAUCAUCCAUUUGCAGUUUAUUCCCUAGGUCUUUAGUCAUCAUUUCUGCCUGCCUGCUUGUUUGUUUGUUAGUGACUUACCUGGCUAUAUUUUGUAAAUUUACUUGCACUGCUCGCCAUGCCACUCUUUUUACGUACAGCUUAUUGGCGUGGUCUUUUUGUGCAUGGUAUCUAUUUAAUUUAAUUUGAAUGCCACAUAUAUUUUAAUGUAUGUUACAACGCUUUAAUGUCGUUCUGCAGAGUCCUGUGUGUGUCUGUCGGUGACGUGGAUGUGAAAACUGAUUUGGAUGAUGGGUAAGGAUUUCAUACCCACUCCCUGCUAGGUGGGUUUAAACGCCCAAACUACAGACAAUACUAUUACAUUGCUGAUGACAAUUUGGGCAAGUUUUAAAAAUGACAUUGAAGAGAUGGAGAGAGACUCCUUCCUCGGUCUACUGUUCUGCACAUUCUUACCUGGGAGCAAGUCUAAUUAAAAUCAGUAGGACUUCCUCCUUAGUGUACUUGCCUAUGGCUGAACUGUAAAUCGGUUUUCCUGUUGCCAGACUGGUUUCCAGAGCAUCUUUUGAAAACAUAUCUGCUAAAAUGGAAAAAGAACAGACGAGUUGGCUAUCAUGAUUAUUUACAGACAGUUUCUCCCAUGUUUUCUAUGACUCUAGAUGACCCCUUCCUAAAAUGUGAGGAUUGUUAUGUGGAUUUCAACCAGCCCUACAAGAGCCCAGUUACUUGUUGCUUUAAUUCAUAAAGUAUUCCUAUUUAGCAUCUAGUAGGACACGAAUGGGGAAAUUGUGGCCCUUCAAGUUUUACUGGACUAUAACUUCCAUCCUCCCUUAGCACUGACCAUUCUGGCUGGAAUUGACGUAGUGUGGGAAUCCAACAACAGCCAGUGGGUGGGUGUCACAGGUUUCCCAUCACUCUGGUAGAAUCUACCUCCUCCUUUUUGUUUCACAGCAAAGUUCUCUUGAUAAAUAUCAGUGCUAAGGCGCCGAAAAAAUCGGACACCAAAUACAAUAUAACCGUGAACUGGGAAAAGGUAGGUGUAAUAUUUUUCAGAUUCCUUUUCUUCCCUAAGUAUGAUUUAUAGAGGGUGGAAGAGUCUGAGCUUGAAGCUGAGCUAAACAUUGAGCAAUAUCCCCUGAUUUCAAGGGCUGAUGACACCCAAGUGUUUGGGAACCCUGAGCCAGUUAGGGAUUGCAAAUAUGUGGAUAUGUUCUUAAGGCUGUGUGUCUACGCAUGUAUGAAGCCCGUGCUUUACUUGUUGACUGCAGGAAAUAUCGAUAUGUGUCCCGUAAAUACAUUUGUUGUGUGAAGGUAGAUGAACUCCAGCAUAAAUUGCUUAGAAACCCUGCUUUGCAAAUGUGUUGCACUGAGCUUACUACCCAAACAUGCACCUAGUGGUUAGGAAAUGUCGAUUUUUAGAAACAAAAGCCAAUUGACCGACUCUGGGUUUGUGACUAUACGACUGUAUUAAUUUUGUUUUAUUUUUAAACUGAAGGGUGCUGAAACAAACAACUUUUUCUCUCCUGCCCUUGGACUCAUUCUUCCGGUUGCAUACAGCUAUCAGCCUGACCUAACCAUUAUAGUUCUUGGACCAAACCAAAGUGUUGGGCAAAAUGUGAUUUCCUUGCUUAUUCGCUUACUGCAAGGCUUGGCACAGUCUCACAUUCUUGCUCUGAUUCAGGUAAAAAGUUGAUUUUAGUCUUAAUGACAAGUAUAUCAUAUUGGGUUUUUAGGAGGAAAGAACCAGAGAGAACACAUUGCAUUUUCUGCCUCCCCACAUUUAAAUUUUGUGUCAUCCAUGUAUUAUGUAAAGUGUUGAACAGUCUUGGAGCCUAAUUGCAGUGCAAAAUUACAUUUUCAUAUUAAAGAAUGUCCCCAGCAUGUGAUACCCUUCAGGACUAUGGUUUAAACCACUGAGCCUCUUGGGUUUGCUGAUCAGAAGGUCAGUAGUUCGAAUCCCCACAACGGGGGGCUCCUAUUGCUCUGUCCCAGCUUCUGCCAACCAAGCACUCCGAAAGCACACCAGUGCAAGUAGAUAAAUAGGUACAGUGGUACCUCAAGUUAUGAACUUAAUUCGUUCCAGAGGUCUGUUCUUAACCUGAAACUGUUCUUAACUAGAGGCGUGCUUUCGCUAAUGGGGCCUCUUGCUGCCGUUGCGUGGCCAGCACACAAUUUUCGUUCUCAUCCUGGGGCAAAGUUCUCAACUUGAGGUAACUCUUCCAGGUUAGUGGAGUUUGUAACCCGAAGCAUUUGUAACCUGAGGCGUUUGUAACUCAAGGUACCACUGUACCACUGUGGCAGGAAGGUAAACGGCAUUUCCGUGCACUCUGGUUUCUGUCACGGUGUUCCAUUGCACCAGAAGCAGUUUAGUCCUGCUGGCCUCAUGAUCCGGAAAGCUGUCUGUGGACAAACACCGGCUCUCUCAACCUGAAAGUGAGAUGAGCGCCGCAACCCCAUAGUUGCCUUUGACUGGACUUAACCAUCCAGGGGUCCUUUACCCUUUUUUUUUUUUUACCUUUUGUAUUUGUUCCACAUUUCUACAUUCUCUAGUCCCCUGGAAAAUGUGCACAUGCAUAGCAAUUACAAUCUAGCUUUCAUUAUCCCCAUACCAGUGAUCAAGAGUGGUUCUCAUAACCCUAUUAAACAUGUAUUUGAGGCACAUGACCCCGAUGCUGAUUUAUCAAUCACAUCUUUUGAACUCUCUUCCUUGGUAGAAUCUUUUCAGGGUAUCAGACAGAGGAUAUUCCCAGCCCUGUCUGAACAUGCUGAGAAUUGAAUCCAGAACCUUCUGUGUACAAAGCCAGGUGCUCUACCACUGAGUGACACCCCCUCCUCAUAAAAACAAGAUCAAUAAAUCAACAACUAAAACAGAAGCAAUUAAAACAUGGGAGCCAGCAUAAAAUCAUCGAACAACCAAGCAGAACAAAAGAUGUUCUUAAAAAUGAAAGAACCAGUUAUAGUUCCUGGAUGUAAUCCAUAAAUCAGUAUGGAUUCAUUGGAAUAAUAUGGUUUAUUGGCUUUUUUUAAAAAAAGGAAACUGAGGAAACACUCUUGCAAGAUAUAAUCAAACCCCUGACGAGUGACUUUACACCUUCCUUUGGAACGUAUGCACCAGAUCUGAAGGAGAAUGUGCAAAGGGUAAUAAAAUUAAGAGAGCAACUUCAAAAUGAAUGGAAAUUGCUUCAGUGUUCAGGCAAGUAA